UGAAGGUUAGCUGGCUGAGGGACGGGAUGGAGGUCAGGCGCCCAGGAGGGGGGAGAGGGUGAAAAAGUUUUCCCACAGAGAAAGUAUCAAGGGUAGGAAUGUAGCCAUCUUACACUGAUGACGUCAUCUGGAGCCAGAGUCUGAGCAGGAGCAGUCGGGGGAAGAAGUCAUGACCUUACUCUCCUGUUUUGAUAGCUUUUAGAGGCUGUUCACCUCAAAUUACUUUCACUUCAUAUCUGACGAUAAAGUUUAUCUCUACAUAUAUAAGAAAAACAAAUGUCAGUUUACUCUCUUAAUCUCUUUCCUGGCCCGGCUUGUUUAAUCUAUGUAUAGACUGUAAUACAUGUAGUUUACAGGAGGCUGUUAGUCCUUGGAGAAAUGUCCUAUUGACCCAUUGAUUCUGAGCUCUCUGGAGAUGUGGAAAUGUUAAAUCCACAUCAGUUCCACUUCGUCUGCGUCUCUGUAAAUGAUUCACGCUGAUACGAGUUGUCUGUUCCGCGAUCAACAUGUAAACUAUAUAAGAGCUUUUGAGGCUGAACUCCCUCCGGUAGUCGUUAGCUGGCUUUUCCCGUUGAAACCUUCCACUCACUGCUGUCGACAUGGAGAGUCUGCUCGGCGCCGUGGCCUCGCUGGCUCCGUUCUUCUUGGGGUUGUUCCAGCAGGAAGCUGGUGUGGCCUUUACCAGCCGGCCGUACAAAUCUGAGGUGAAUGUGACAAACGGAGAGCGGUUUGGAAACUGGACGUGGCCCGAGAUGUGUCCUGACCAGUUCUUUGCUGUUGGCUUCAGUACCAGGGUGUAGCCCUACAUAUACGCUGAGGACAACACGGCCAUGAACGGCAUCCGCCUCAUCUGCAGCAAAGACGGGGAGCUGAGCUUAACUCACACUGUGGAGUCUCACACUGGCUACUGGGGUGACUGGUCCAGCCCUCAGUACUGCCCCAGUGGCUAGCUCACCUCUUUCCAGCUCCGUGUGGAGGGCAAUCAGGGCAAUGGUGACGACUCCGCCGUCAACAACAUCAAGUUCCGCUGCAGCAGCGGCCCCGUGCUGGAGGGCACCGGCCUGGACUGGGGGGAGUACGGCGAAUGGAGCCAGGUUUGUGUAAACGGAGGAAUCUGCGGCAUUGAGACCAAGGUGGAGGACCACCAGGGGAGAGGGGACGACACCGCCCUCAAUGACGUGCGCUUCCGUUGCUGUGCCAAAGUCUAGCAGUUCGCUGUGUUUGACUCGUGUGUCAGGAGACAAACGGCCUCGUGGGAACGUCACAUGCUGUUACACUCCAGGUUUUACAGCACGUUGUCAGACCUGUGACUUGUAAUAUUCACUUUGGAAUAAAACUGUGCACGAGCAUGAAUAGUUUCUGUGCAUUUUGUUUAUUCACUCAGCUGUUAUAACAUAAUAUAACAUUCAAUAUAUGUAUUUACCUCCACCAUGAACGGAUUUCAAUGAAACUUUUUGGUAGGAUUUGAAAUGGAUCAGAAAAGAAGCUUUGGUGUGGAUCAGGAUCAAUUUAUUUUCACUUUCUUUAACAUUGCAAGAUGAAACGUUUUCAACAUUUUCCCAAUCAUUUCCAUUGGAACAAUUCCUGGAUCUUGAUGAAAAAAAUCAGGCACAUUAAGGGAACUGUUAUCUAUGUGUCUGUGAACUUUUCGGGGCUGUUGGGCCUUGGUGGAGAAAUGUUCUCUCUGAGUGAUCUUCUACUGUUGCUGUUGAACGAUAACAAUCCCUGACAGGUUGAUUUUAAGUGACCCACUGAUUCUGAGCUCUCUGGAGAUGCAGAAAUGUUAAAUUCACAUCAAAUCCACUUCAUGGAUGUAAGACUUUAGUGAAAUAAGAAUCCUGUGGAACCUGGCGUCAGAAAAACCUUCUCGUUCUCCAGCAGCAGCUGGUGAUUCCCACGCCGGCCUGGGUCUCUGUAAAUGAUUCACGCUGAUACGAGUUGUCUGUUCCGCGAUCAACACGUAAACUAUAUAAGAGCUUUUUGAGGCUGAACCCCCUCCGGUAGUCGUUAGCUGGCUUUUCCCGUUGAAACCUUCCACUCACUGCUGUCGACAUGGCGAGUCUGCUCGGCACCGUGGCCGUGCUGGCCGUGUUGUCCGUGGGGUUGUGCGAGGAGAAGAACUUCCUGCAGAGAGCUGGUGUGGCCUUUACCAGCCGGCCGUACAGAUCUCUUCUGACUGUGGCAAACGGAGAGCAGUUUGGAAACUGGACGUGGCCCGAGAUGUGUCCUGAUCAGUUCUUUGCUGUUGGCUUCAGUAUCAGGGUGGAGUCCAACCAGUACGGCUCUGACGACACGGCCAUGAACGGAAUCCGCCUCAUAUGUGGGAAAGACGGGAACCGGAGUUUCCUGUACUCUGUGGAGUCUCACACUGGCUACUUCGGCGACUGGUCAAACCCUCAGUACUGCCCCAGUGGCGUGCUCAGCUCUUUCCAGCUCCGCGUGGAGACCCAUCAGGGCCUGUUCGGUGACGACACAGCCGUCAACAACAUCAAGUUCCGCUGCAGCAGCAACCCCACGCUGGAGGGCACUGGCACGGACUGGGGGGAGUACGGCCACUGGAGCCAGAAUUGUGGCGAGGGAGGAAUCUGCGGCAUCGAGACCAAGAUGGAGGAAUACCAGUCUGGCCUGGACGACUCCAGCCUCAACGACGUGCGCUUCCAUUGCUGUGCCAGAGCCCAGAAGUGAUUGACAGAUGAGCUGCUUGGUCCGCCCCUCCUCCGUCACCCUGAAUUAAACAAUGAGAAAUAAUAAAAAAUAAUAAAGCUG